AUGAACAACAGCAUGCGCAGGUGUCUAUAUGGCCCGGUGGACCACGAGCAGCUGCGGCGAGAUUUGAAGCUGGAACUCGAGGAAAUCCCUGUAGAGGACAGCCAUCGCUGGAACUUUGACUUCCAGACCAACACGCCGCUGCCUGGCAUGUUUGAGUGGGAGCCUGUGAACUGCCCCGCCGAUUUGUGCCACGACUCCUCCCAAGUGAAGGACUCUUGCAUGCUGGUCCAGAUGGAGGGCAGUAGCCACCAGGAGAAAUGCUCCAGCUUCCCCAUUAAGCCUCCCGCUGAAGAUACUCCUGUCUGGAGGAAGAUGUCCUUCUCCAAGAGGGGAGUCAAGCCCACAGGCAACGCACAAAUCAGAGAUGUUUUUUGUCAGGAGGACCACAGAGUGCAAACGCAGCAACUUUGUCACAAGUUCCACUUCAGCAUCUUGAUGCCAAACAAUACGACGGAACUCCUGGACUAUCAGCAGUGUCCAAACUUCUUCCAACAAAAAGGGAAAGAAAAAUAAUAAUUAAAAAAAAGCUGAUAUUUUUAUAUAUAUUUUUGUUUCGCAAAAAGG